GCGUUUCCGGUGGGAGCGUUCUCAGAGUGACGCUUCGGUCCGCCUCAGUGGACGGUCGCAGAUGUUGACAUUUUUAUGAAGCUUGUUUCUGACAGAAAUAAUAAAAAUAACAAUAAAGAUGGACGACCAGGGCUGUCCGAGAUGUAAGACCACCAAGUACAGGAACCCGUCGCUGAAGCUGAUGGUGAACGUCUGCGGCCACACGCUAUGCGAGAACUGUGUGGAGAUGCUGUUUGUGCGCGGCUCGGGGAACUGCGUGCAAUGCGACACGCCUCUGAGGAAGAGCAACUUUCGUGUGCAGCUCUUCGAAGACGCAUCUGUGGACAAGGAGGUAGAGAUCCGCAAGAAGGUGAUGAAGAUCUACAACAAAAGAGAGUUCGACUUCCCCAGCCUGAGAGACUAUAACGACUAUCUGGAACAGGUGGAGGACAUAGUUUACAACCUUACAAACAACAUUGAUGUGGAGAACACCAAGGGCAGGAUGGAGCAGUACCAGAGGGAAAACAAAGACAUCAUCCAGAGAAAUAAGGCGAAGCUUACGCGGGAGCAGGAAGAGCUGGAGGAGCUGCUGCUUCUGCAGCAGCAGAGCAACGAGCAGCGGAGGCUGGAAGUGUUGCAGGAGGAGCAGAGGCAGCUGCAGGCCAAGAGGAAGAGCAAACAGGCUCUGCUGGAUGAACUGGAACAGUCCAAGCUUCCUGCCACCAUCUUGCUUGCUCAACACAAGGUUCGCGCCGCCCAACUGGAGACGCAGAUAGAGCAGCAGAAACAGAAUGUGAAGCCGACCAGCUUGUUCUCUACUGGGAUCCAGAUCGGUCAAACUGUUUCUCUCCAGCCUUUGCCCAGAAUACAGGAGGUUCUGUACCAGUACAAACCCCUGCAGGUUGAAACCUAUGGACCUCCAGCACCCGACCUGGAGCAACUCAGCAGAUUUGGGUAUCUGAACCACGUCCGGGCCGCCAUGCCGCAGGACACGGCGGGAGGAUACACCUCGGCUCUGGCGUGUUACCGCGCCAUCCAGGACGCUUUCAGCGGCCUGUUUUCUGUCAGUGGAUGAAUGGACAAAUACGACUUUACCAUCUCUGUGACGUCAACGUUGACCCGCUUUUCAUAAAGAUUUGUAUAGAUUUUUUUGUUUUCCAUUAAUGUUAUUUUUAAAUAAAGUAAGAAAAAUUUAUUUUUCCAUUUUGUGGGUUUAUUUAAAACUCAAAUGUAAUCAUGUACAGUCUCAUAAGAAGAAAAAAAAUCAAUUUAAGGGCAUAAAACUAAAAUAUUGUUUGAAAAAUUAAACUUAAAGUCCUAAAAAAAAAGCCAAUCAGAUGUGGAAUCAUGUUAAAUCUGGAGCGUCUUCACACUUUGGUUUCUUUGGGGCCGGUUCCUCAGAUGAUUCUGUGAACACAGAUAAUACGAAAAUCAACAUUUUAAUCUAUUAGAAGACAGCUAAAAAAGAGUGAAUACUUUUUAAAAAUAUAUAUUUAUAACUGGAAGCUCAAAACAGCAGCUUCCUUAGUCAUCCAAACACAAAAGAUUAGAAGGAAAAACAUUGUUUAACUAAAAUGAUGCAAAAUGUAACGCAAGAGCUACACCAUUUUUGUACUGGUUUAAAUAUGAUCCAUCUAUCUAUAAAAUGGGAAAGACAACAGAACAUGUCGUUCAUUUUAAAUGGCUGCAAGAAAAUAAGAAAUUUCCUGUAGACAGGAAAAUUAUUCCUGGCUACAGGAAUCCUAUAGAGCAUAAAUGUACUCAAAGAAGCAUAACAGGUCACUUUUAAAAGGUUUGUGUUGUACUUUUUUUGUAAAAAAAAAAAGUAGUUUUAUAAUGAUUAAUUUGUAAAACAUCCAAAGAAGUGAAUACUGUUAAUAAGCAGAGUCGGUAUGUUUUGUGUUCAGGUUUGUUUCUCACCUGUUUUGGUUUCGCUGCUGCAGUAAAGAACGUCUCUAGGAACAGUGAACCUCACACACAUCAUGUCCUUGUUUGGUGCCACGUUACGCACAAAAUGCACGGAGCACUCGUUCUCCAGAGGGAACCCGAGGCUGCGGGACGCCCUCUGCACCACGUCCACCUCCGGAUCGUCAUGCUUAGAGAAACCGUAGCAAUGCACUGUGGGAAGGUUCUGGUCGCAGGUCGGCUCUGGCUGCAGGAGGCCCCGGAAAGCGUCCAGAAACUCCAGCGCCAGCGCAGGCAGGUUCAUGACCACAUGGACGGCAGAUUCCCCCUUCAGCAGAGCGGGCAGCUCCCGCCUCAGAGGCCCGCGGAUGAAAUCUCUGCCGUCCAGAUUGAAGGUUUGGACUUUGCUCUCCACCUUGUUUAGUUUGCAGUUGUGUUGCAGCCAUCUGUACGACUCCGGGUUGAGAUCGUUGGCCAGAACUUUGGCGCCGAGGCGGGCGGCCGGGAUGGCGAAGGGUCCGACCCCGGCGAAGACGUCGAACACGGCGUCGCCACGUUUAACCAGCUGCACCACUCUUUGGUGCUCUGUGCUCAGCCGGGGGUUCCAGUAGACGCGAGAAAAGUCAAACUCAUAAGUCACGCCGUUUUCCUUCACCUGCAAGGACAGAAGAUGAGGCGCAAGAGUGAGAUACAAAACUUCAAAAAGAGAGAAAUUAAAUAUUUAUUCAGUGAGUUAUUGUAGGUACUUGGAGCAGUAAAGACAGAAUGCAGUUACUUUAUAAUCGUUUACAUCACUGACAUUAUUUUUCAGCAAAUUAUUCUGUUUAUCAAAGCUGCAGUUGUAUGUAGCUUUUAUAAAAUGUUUUUUACAUAUUUGUUGAAACUGUCAGCAUGUUGAGGCAGUUUAAUAUGAGAUAGAUAAUCUGAAAGAAUCAAUCUCCUUCUUUCUAAGCUACUAGUGCCGUCCUAAGAAACACACCACCAAAAACAACCAAUCAGAGCCAGGAGGCGGGUCUUAGCGCUGUCAAACAACCCCAUGUACUUGCUGCUAAAUAUGCUAAACAACUUACAGAAAAACCGUUUAUCUGUCGUCAUCGGUAGCCAUGCUAACUAACCUUAGAACUAGUUAGUUAAAUUAAUGGACUGAACAUAAGUAAACCUCUCAGGUUAAUUGAUCUAUGUGGGAGUGAGCCAUAUAAAAUAACUGCGCAUACUUUGGCGACCAUGUUUUCCUCUCCAGCCAGAACCUCCAUCUUGAAGUUGCGGUAUGUUGAGUCGAUUAUGUUCGUCUUGUUGACCACACAUGUGACUCCUGGGUUUUUGUCCAUAAUGACUUGACCUACAGAAGAAAGAGCAGAAAAUCUGAACUUUGUCAACCACAUACAGCUAAUAUCUAUUAUCUAUUAGCUUAAGAAAAAUAUUUUAAAUGUUUUACAUUUUUACCACAGCAGGUUAAUUUCACAGAAAUAUUUAGAAAUCAUGUUAAUUCAGUUAGAAAAAUCAGAUCAAUGUUUUCUUCUUUUUAGCACUAAUUAUUUUUCUGCCUCAGUUAAUUAAUAUGUCCUCUUGUCUUUCUUAUUUUGAAGAGUGGGUAAUUAUAUUGGGUUUCUGUAUGACGUCAUAUUUAGCACGACCAGCUGCAACUCUAUUGAUUAUUCUGACGAUUAAUCAAUUGAUUUAUCAGAUAAAAAAUGGUCACAUUGUAGAGAUUUUUAAAAAAAAUUGUACUAUGAUAGAAAUACAUUAAAAGAUCCAAAUAAAUAAGCAAAUAAAAGUUGUAUUGCCUAAAAUGCAUAAACAGCAUUUCUUUAGUGAACAUUUGAUUAUUUGUAACAGCGGAUGCAGCUAAAAUUUAUUCCUAUUGUUGUUUUGUUUAUUUCUUUUGGAUAUUAAAAAUGUUUCAGUUAUAAAUUUUAAAUAUUUAUUAGAAUUUAAAGUUUAUUGAUCUUUGAGACUCUGUUCUUGCAUUCAUGUUACUUAAAAAUUGUCUCAAAACAACAAUAUUAUUGUUUAUCGCAAUAACUUAUGGGACAAUUUAUCGUACAGCUAAAUUUGUUAUUGUGACAUGCUCAGUUGGUCUAGUUACUUGGAAAUAGUAAUUAGUUACUAUCACUGAUUACUUCCAUAAGAAAGUUACUUAUUUUCAAAAGUAAUUUGUUACUUAGGUACAACCUGAAUACGCAAUAAAUCAAAUUCUUUCUGCAUAUUCUGUUAUGUAAAAUUUAGUCAUGAACCCGUCUCUUUGUAAAACUUGAUUUGUUUCGCUCUUCUAACUCUAUGCAAAUCACCAAAGCAUUAAAUGAAAUGCAGGUCUC